GAAGCCGCUGCAGCCGCGGCCGGGAGGCGCUGACAUCUGGCUUCCCUGGGGUCUCAGAGACACUUGGGUGGACAGCGACGAAGGCUUUGUGGCCGCCGUGUGUCCCCGUGCUAACCCUCUGUCCUCCCCACAGGCGCGCGGUGUCCGCCAUGGAAGCGCAUCCGACCGCCGGGGUCUCUGGGUGCCGCGGCCUCGGCUUCCCGUGGCGAUGAGGGAUUAGAGGCGCCCUGCGGCCCGCCUGAGUCCAGCGCUCUGGCCACCCGGGCGGGAAAGGGAUCGGGCGGGCGGGCGGGCGGUCCCACAGUGCCCGCCUUUGCGCCGCCCCACCCCUUGAGGGCGCUGCCGAGGGGGCGCCAGCCGCCCAUGCCGCCCCGGCGCCCAGCCGCGCCUGGCGCCCGCAGCUGAAGCGCAGGACGCGCGGCCGCCCUAGCUCACCGCCAUCCGCGCCCGCCGCCCCGAGCCGUCCGCCCUUCUGCCCCCAAGAUGUGGCACAGCGUCGGGCUGACCCUGCUUGUGUUCGUGGCUACUCUGCUGAUCGUCCUGCUGCUGAUGGUGUGCGGUUGGUAUUUUGUAUGGCAUCUUUUUUUAUCAAAAUUCAAGUUUCUCCGGGAACUGGUAGGAGACACAGGAUCCCAAGAGGGAGAUCAUGAGCCUUCAGGGUCUGAAACUGAAGAAGACACUUCCUCCUCUCCACACAGAAUCAGAUCCGCUCGCCAAAGGAGGGCACCUGCUGAUGAAGGCCACAGACCCCAGACAUAGUCGUGUACUCGUGAAGGAUGAAAAGGCAGUUGCUAGCUUCUGUCUUUUAGUGACUUGGCUUUGAAAUUUACUGAUGACUGAAGAACAUUUGUAUUGGAUUUUAAGUCCAAUUUGAAAAAAGAUUUACAUGUAAGCCAUAUAAAAAUAAAGGGAAUUAAAACCAAAUUGGACUAUUAUACAUUUCAUCUUAAAGAUAAUCUUUUGUUUCACUAGCUUUCUACUUAUACUUUUAUUCCUUGGCUUUUGGGCUUAUUUUCUUGCACUGCUGCAGAUCUGGUAAACAUUAAAGGCUUGAAAAACCAUAUUUUGUUAGCCCUAAAGUGUACAUUUUUCUUCCCACUUUAACUUGUCUGAAAUUGGGAUGCAUCUCAUUACUGUCAACCAGGUGAUAGUCAUGUAAUUCUCCUACUGUGUGCAUGUGCGAAUUUACAGCUUGUCAUCAUGUCAUUCCUUUAACCAACAUGUGUUUUGUUGGUAUCAAAUGUGUCAGGUUUAACUGACAUUUUAAAAUGUCUUCAAAAAGAUUACACUAUGAUUCAGCAUUGAAACGAAAAGUUAUUGUGUAUGCAGAAAAGCAUGGAAACAGAGCAGCGGGGCGUACAUUUGAUAUUAGUGAAGCAAAUAUUCGUCGCUGGAGAAAUGAUCGCAAUUCCAUAUUUUCCUGCAAAGCAACAACAAAAUGUUUUACGGGACCUAAGAAAGGUAGAUACCCACAAGUAGACGAAGCUGUACUACAUUUCGUCAGUGAGACACGUGCAAAAGGACUGCCUAUCACACGCCAAGCAAUGCAAUUGAAGGCAGGAGAAAUUGCCAAAACCCUGGGAAUUGAUGAAACAAAAUUCAAAGCGACAAGAGGCUGGUGUGACCGAUUCAUGCGCCGAGCAGGACUGUCGUUAAGGCAUCAAACAUCGUUUUGUCCCGAGCUCCCCGCUGCCAUUAAACAGAAGACAGUGUUGGAGCACUCUUUCAAGAAGUGCUGCAUAACCAGUCCUCUUGACAACACCGGGAGAGAUGUUAUGUGGAAAAACGCAGACAUCAAUGACUGUGGUUUGAAAAGUGAUUCAGAGGAGUUGGAUUCAGAAUAUGAAGUUAUAAUUAUAACUUAACCAAUUUAUUUCACACAUUUUCUUUACAUAUGCACAAGAGUGAUGUGAUAAAAAUCUGUUAAAGUGCUGUUUCAAUAAAUACAAAAUAAACGUUUUCUGUGAUAUGAAA